AUGCCGGGCAAGAAGCCACCAGAUGUCGACCCCCCGUUGGAAUUGCCCAAGUCACUCCCUGCCACGACUAGUCCGUCCUCAAAGCAACGCUAUGAGCUGACCCCGAUAUACGAAGGCUUGACGUUCGAGCGCUUUGCUUAUGGGCCUUUUGUUCCUCACUGGGUUCCGAAACAAUACAUCGAAGGAUAUUUCCCCAGACAUGGAGCAGACACAGCUCUUGUCACCCGUACUACUGUUGAAGAUAUCUCGAAGUUGCAGAAUAAAGGACACCAGCACCUACCGAGGUGGCAGCUUACAUUGAGGCGGUUCAACCCGAGCAUCCAUCAGGAUGAAUGGUGGAAUGAAGAAUUCGACGCUGUCGUCCUAGCAAACGGACACUACUCUGUUCCAUUUGUUCCCAAGGUCGAAGGCCUUGAAGAAUACAUGAAAAGAUACCCAGGAAGAGUCAUUCACUCUAAACAAUUCAGGAGCCCUUCCAAUUAUGAGGACAAAAAGGUAAUAGUGAUUGGCAAUUCUGCAUCAGGAAAGGAUAUUUCAACCUUCCUGAACGGUCAUGUCGCCUAUCCGCUUUAUCAGUCUCGCAAGUCUCCAAGUCGGUGGGACGGGGAUGAGCCCCCCUCUGGAAUCUCUUGGAAGCCGAUAAUCACAAAAUACCAUCAAUCAGGCGAGAUUGAAUUUGCAGAUGGAUCCAUUCUUGCAGACGUGGAUAAUGUCAUUUACUGCACCGGCUAUCACCCUUCGUUCCCCUUCUGGAACACUGGCAACAAUGGCAGACCCAUUUAUAGCUACGAAGAAGGUCGGAUAAACGGGAGCUAUCUCCACACGUUCGUCCGGAAUUUUCAUACACUUGCGAUCAUCGGAAUACCGCGGGUUCUGACAUUUCGUUCGAUGGAGUACCAGGCUAUAGCCGUCGCCCGGGUAUGGGCUGGCCGAAACUCCGUACCAUUACCACCCGAUGAAGAGCAAGCCAAAUGGGAGAGUGAUAGAUGGGAUCUUGUUAAGCGGGAAAAUCGGAAGUUUCAUGAUAUAACGUGGGACAAUGGCGAAACUCAUGAUUAUCUGCAAGCAUUGUACAACAUAGCGGGUCUGCCACAGCUUUAUGGUGCUGGAAGAUAUCCGCCCGUUCUGAACGAUGAGACGAGAUGGGCCAUAAAUCAUCUCAAAAAAUAUCCAGAGCCGAAAAAGAACGAGGAACACGGUGGUUUCAUCCUUGUUGAUAGAGCUCAGAAAGAUUCUCUCCACUUCAUUUGA